AUGGCAGCAACAAGAGCAGCUGAAGAUUCUGAAGACGCACGCACUCGACUUGAUGGUCAACGUGCAAGACAAGCAGCUUCAAGAGCAGCUGAAUCUCCAGAACGGAGACAAAGUCGACGGGAAGAUGAUCGAGCCAGACAUGCAGCUUCACGAGCAGCUGAGAAUCCCAUACAGAGACGGACUCGAAGUGAAGAUCAGCGUAGACGACAAGCAGCCUCAAGGGCAGCGCAAUGGACAUUUAUGGAAGGGGAAGCGUUUCGGUAUGAUCCAGCCAAUAACUAUGACAGCCAUCCUCAACUUAAUAUUGGACAAAUGAGCGAUGUUUGUCCAUACUGUAAUGCCCUCAAGUGGCAUGCAGAAACACGAGGUAUGUGCUGUUCUGGUGGUAAAGUAAAGUUACCUGAACUUCAGCCUCCUCCUGAACCACUGAAAUCAUUAAUGUCAGGAACAACGCCUGAAUCGAAGCAUUUCUUGGACAACAUUAGAAAAUACAAUUCCUGCUUUCAAAUGACAUCUUUUGGCACGUCAGAGAAAGUGGCUGACCCAGGCUUCAUGCCUACUUUCAGAGUUCAGGGUCAAGUAUAUCAUCGCGUAGGAUCUCUGCUGCCGCCUUCGAAUGAAGAACAUAAAUUUCUUCAAAUUUACUUCAUGGGCGACGAUCGAAAAGAAGUACAACAACGUUGCAAAAACAUGCCUGGCGUACGUCAAGACAUUUUCGAGAAACUGCAGCAAAUGGUUCAUGAGCACCACAUUUAUGUUGAUCUUUUCAAGACUGCCCUUCAAAGAAUGCCAACAGAUCAAUACAAGGUGCUUAUUCGAGCAGACAUGAAACCUGUUGGAGAGCAUGCACGUCGUUUCAAUGAGCCAGUGACAAAUGAGGUGGCGGUUGUCAUCGCUGGCAACGACUUCGAGAAACGAGAUAUUGUCUUGGAGCAGAAAAAUGGCCAGUUACAGAGAGUAUCUGAGACACACAGGUCGUAUGAUACCUUGCAAUAUCCUCUCAUCUUUUGGAAAGGUGGGGAUGGCUACCAUUUUCUUAUCGAACAGACUGAUCCAACAACUGGAAUGGCUGUCACUGGCAAAAAAGUAUCGGCUAUGAGUUUUUAUGCUUACAGAAUUAUGGUACGAACUGGUGCUGUCAAUCAUAUCUUACAGUGCCGACAACUUUUCCAUCAGUAUGUGGUUGACAUGUACGCUAAGAUCGAAAGUGAAAGAUUAUCUUUUCUACGUUAUAAUCAAAAAAAGCUUAGAGUGGAUGAAUACAUUCACCUGAAAGAUGCUAUAGCCAAUGAUGGACGAGCUGACAAUCUUGGUCAAUUAGUGAUUCUACCAGCAACUUUUACUGGAAGUCCCCGGCACAUGCAUGAAUAUACACAAGACGCCAUGACUUAUGUAAGAAACCACGGAAGACCCGACCUCUUUAUAACAUUCACCUGCAAUCCUAAGUGGCAAGAAAUUCAAGCAGAAUUAAUGGAAGGUCAAGCUCCCUCUGAUCGUCAUGAUCUAUUAGCAAGAGUGUUCAGACAAAAGCUCAUUAAAUUGGUCAACAUUAUUACCAAAAGCCAUGUAUUUGGGCCAACAAGAUGCUGGAUGUAUUCUAUUGAAUGGCAAAAGAGAGGAGUACCACAUGCCCAUAUUUUGAUAUGGUUGAAGAACAAAAUUAAAGCG